CGAUCAAUAGAGACGCGUCGCAAUGGAUGACUCCACGGCAUUCGGCUCUCCGGGAACCGCGGCAUCGCCGGCGGCCAACCCUGCCCUCUCGCAGCCACCGUCGCAAUCCAAUGUCAAAAGCCAAGAUUCCCAAGAUGUUCAGAUUGACUCGGCUGCACCCAACGCUGCCGGUCGUCUCGAUGAAGAGAUGGGCGAUGUGUCUGAGGACAAGCAAGGUCUGUCUGCUGGCUCGAACGAUGCCGCUGCUGCCUCAAAUGGCGGGGUAGAAACCAAGUCGAAGGAGGCUUUCGAAUCAGCCGCCAGGGAUCAUCUCAUCUCUCAGACGCAUGCGAUUGUGCUGCCGAGCUACAGCACCUGGUUCGACAUGAAUUCUAUCCACGAUAUCGAGCGCAAAGCGAUGGCGGAAUUCUUCAACAACCGCAAUCGAAGCAAGACUCCUGCUGUCUACAAAGAUUAUCGCGACUUCAUGAUCAACACCUAUCGACUAAACCCGGCUGAAUACCUGACGAUGACAGCCUGCCGUCGCAAUCUUGCCGGUGAUGUCUGCGCCAUCAUGCGCGUUCAUGCGUUUCUCGAACAAUGGGGCCUGAUCAACUACCAGGUUGAUGCCGAUCAGCGACCGUCGCAUGUUGGCCCACCGUUCACCGGCCACUUCAAGAUUAUAUGUGAUACACCGCGGGGACUUCAGCCCUGGCAACCUGCCGCAGAUCCCGUGGUUUUGGAAGGCAAGAAGAAUCGGGACACCGAAGAAAAGGCCAAUGCUUCAGCCCCCAGCAAGGGUGACCUGAAUCUGGGAAUUGGUCGCAACAUUUAUGAAGCCAGCGCUAAAGGGACACCCAUCACAAAGUCAGAAAGCCAGAGAAAUGGCGAUGACGCUUCCAUCGAAGAAACCGCCAAGGCGCCAGUGUCCAAGGUCAACUGCCACCAGUGCGGUAACGAUUGCACCAGGAUAUACUACCAUAGUUCCCAGUCGGACGCGAGGGCGAAGGCGAAGUUUGAUCUUUGCCCCAACUGCUUCACCGAGGGCCGGUUGCCUGCGAACCACAGCUCCAGCAUGUAUUCCAAAGUCGAAAACCCGACGUACACAUCUGUUCUCGAUCGAGAUGCGCCGUGGACCGACGCAGAAAUCCUACGCCUGCUCGAGGGCCUUGAGCGGUUCGAUGACGACUGGGGAGAGAUUGCGGAACACGUUGGUACUCGAACGAGGGAAGAAUGUGUGCUGCAGUUCCUCCAGUUGGAUAUCGAAGAGAAGUAUCUGGAUUCGGAGGCGCCUACGAACAACCCUACCGGCUUAUCCAUGCUUGGAAGUCAGCACGGUCAUCUGCCUUUUAGCCAGGUAGACAACCCUGUCAUGUCUGUUGUUGGAUUCCUGGCAAGCCUGGCAGACCCAGCCAGCACUGCUGCCGCGGCAAACAGGUCAGCAGAUGAGCUCAAGCGCAAUCUACGAAAACAGCUCGAUGGUGCGAACCAGACAGGCAACGCAGCGGCGGGAGAUAAGAAGGAGAACGAAGUGGACAAGGCGGAAUCUAUGGAUGUGGAUUUCCGACAGACAACCGUGACCACGACUACUACUACAACGACUUCGACUACUAAGACGUCGCUUGCUUCCAUUCCCUUGGCAUCUAUCGGUGCUCGCGGAGCUGUCUUUGCAUCCCACGAGGAGCGGGAGAUGACAAGACUGGUCUCGGCAGCCUCCAACGUGAUGCUUCAAAAGCUCGAGCUGAAGCUCAAGUACUUUGACGAGAUGGAAGAGCUGCUGCGCGAGGAGCGCAGAGAACUGGAGCGAGGCAGGCAGCAGCUGUUCUUGGACAGACUGGCCUUCAAGAGGCAGGUUCAGGCCAUCCAAGACACAUUGAAUGCGGCGGCAGAAGUAGGCGGAGCACAGGGUGCUCGAAUGGCGCAAGAUAUCACCAUGGAUGGCGAGAAACUGGGGUUCCAACCCGUAUUGGAUGGUCAGUCGAUGCUGCCACCGAGCAGCAGCGGUCAGGUCAAGACAUUUGAAGCAUAGAGGCCUUGGGGUCUUGGAGGGCCUGGUUGAUCGGCCCUGGGGCACCACCACUGGUGAUGGUAUUCUGGGAAGCUUCGGAGUUGGAGAGCUUGGAAAGGAAGCAAAAUAGGCACCUGCUGACUUGAUAAUGUAUGGUCUGGGGAGUUUGGGAUAUUAUGCUGCGAAAGAGGAUCAUUUACCUCGUUUUACUUUUUCCCUGGCCGGGU